GAAGAAGACAAGGCCACCCCACGCCGAGAAAGCUGCUGUGACUUUUUUGUCUUUCUAUGUAACAAAUGAAUUACUCGACAAGAGUCCAUAAAUUUCGAAUGUAUUUGCACCUCACUCCCUUUGCAUUUACAUAUAAUUUUUGCUGGAUUCUUGCAGCAUUUCUUUUUUCAAAAAUGCUACUGAAUGAUUGAUGAUACCAUCUCCUUACCUACAGCUUCCUUUUUGUAAUUCUUGCUUUUGUUUGAAUAUGGUUUCAAUAAUUGUUUCCACAAGAAAAUAUUCGAAGAAGCUUUAAGGGAGCUCAAAGCUUGUAGCUUUUUCUGUUUCUUUUUUCCCAUUCUUGAACUUUUGGGCUGUGUGAAAAUGGGGUUGAUGCUUGGGAGCAGACCGCCGCACAAGGCCGGUGGCAUUGCCGGAAAUAUUAGCGGUUUGUCGACGAGAUGGGUGUCUCUGUUGUGCAUUGCCAGCUUCUGCUUGGGAGUUGUUGUUGUGAAUAGGUUUUGGACCGUGCCCGAUUCAGUUGAUUCAGAAAACAAUGUAAUGUCUCUUGGAAAAUAUCGGGCUAGAGAUAUUUAUCCUGCUAUUAAUUGCGACAAGAAGUUGGGCGCUCCUGAGACAGGGAACAUACUUUCUCAAGUUUCAAAAUCUCAUGAUAUAAUCAUGACAUUAGACAAAACCAUAUCUUCACUGGAAAUGCAACUUGCUGCAGCAAGAGCAGCUAAAGCUGAGGACGAAGCAAAAUCUAAGGAUACAAAGUUAGGAAAUGAUUCGUCAAAUAACCGCCCUAAGGUGUUCUUUGUGAUGGGAAUCAUUACUGCAUUUAGCAGCAGAAAACGUAGGGAUUCUAUUAGAGAUACAUGGAUGCCUCAAGGGCAAAAUUUGAAGAAGCUGGAGAAAGAAAAGGGAAUAAUCAUAAGAUUUGUGAUAGGGCACAGUGCAACACCUGGUGGAGUUUUGGAUAGGGCGAUUGAUGCUGAAGAAGCACAGCAUAAGGACUUCCUGCGACUGAAUCAUGUAGAAGGGUAUCACGAAUUGUCUUCAAAAACUCAAAUUUACUUUUCAACAGCUGCUGCUAAGUGGGAAGCCGACUUCUACGUUAAAGUCGAUGAUGAUGUGCAUGUGAAUCUUGGAAUUCUAGGUUCAUUAUUGUCCCGCCAUCAAUCAAAGCCCCGCGUUUACAUCGGUUGCAUGAAGUCUGGACCUGUCCUUGCACAGAAAGGGGUCAAGUACCACGAACCAGAAUAUUGGAAAUUUGGCGAGGAGGGGAACAAGUAUUUUAGGCAUGCAACGGGACAAAUUUAUGCAAUCUCCAAAGACUUGGCGACCUACGUUUCUGUUAACCGACACAUACUGCACAGGUAUGCGAAUGAAGAUGUAUCUCUUGGGUCUUGGUUUAUUGGUCUCGAUGUUGAGCAUAUUGACGAACGGAGCCUCUGUUGCGGGACACCCCCCGAUUGUGGGUGGAAAGCACAGGCGGGGAACCACUGUGCGGCAUCAUUUGACUGGAGCUGCAGCGGCAUAUGCAAAUCAGUUGAAAGAAUGGAAGACAUCCACCAACGGUGCGGUGAGGGUGAAGGAGCCAUUUGGCACUCCAGUGCUUGAAAUCUGCACCUUUCACCAACAGCUUGUAAUAUAUAUUGUGCAUAGUGUAACGGCAAGCAUGGCCGGGCAUUGCCACUCUGCCCCAUUUUUGCCGAGUAGCUUCUGGGGCAGUUGGCAUAUCAUUAGAUUCAUUUCUGCACAUAUGGCUCUAACUAGUAGCAAAUCAAUGAAAACUUAAGUUCACUUGUUAUCAA